AUGACCAGCGGUGUCGGCACGGACUUUUGGAUGGCCCCUGAAGUGAUCCGCAGCAGAAAUUACGGGAUCGCGGCCGAUAUCUUUGCACUUGGCGUCAUCUUGACGCAGCUCUACACGCUGCAGGAAAACCCCUAUGCCGGUUCCGUGGGGUUGAUCCCCCACAAUGUCGCUCAUCACGGCCUCCGCCCUUGGAUGCCGUCGACGUGCCCCGGGUGGUACCGGGAUCUUGCGUCUGCUUGCAUGCACGCUGAUCCGAGCCAGCGCCCGACCGCCGCACAAGUUGUAGGCAUGCUUAAAGCGCAUUUGCAGCCGCCUCUGCCUCUCAUUGCUGCCUCUGAUCUCUCGGGGGGCUGCUGGUGGCCUCAAGCACAACCGGUAUCGUUCAACGCGCGACUUCAGCGCAUGGCAAAGCUGCAGUCGGCACACACGGUCCCGCUACUCGGCGUGACAUCGGCACCCGCGCUUGUCAUGGCUGAGAUGCAACACAACCUCCGCACGUGGCUCCGACAAGACGGCCUUACGUUUGACGAAGCUCUCAAGGUCGCCAUGAAAAUUGCGGAAGCACUCGCCUAUCUGCAUGCUGCCGACGUCGUCCACGGACACCUCGUCCCAACCAACGUCCUCGUUGAUGCCAACAACAACGCGGUGCUCAGCGACUUUGGCUUCGAGCGACAAGACGACAUCUCAACAACCAACGGCAAUACCUCGACGAAUCGGAAGUUUACGCUCUCGGCGUCCUUUUGA